CAGGUGGAGCGACACAAUACCUCAUCGUGAGUUCGAGGAAAUACUACACUAAGCAGCCAUGUUUGCAGACCUCGAUGAAGCACACUCCGCCCCACUCGCCUUCCUCUCCCCACCCCAUCCAGCAUCCCCCCUUCCUCAAUCCCCCCCUUCCUCCCGUCCCGCCCUCCCCCCAGGCCUCCGCCUCCUGCAGCACCUUCGCCAGUCCUUUGCGGACGUCGGCGUGGUUGUGAUGGAAAAGGGACCAGAAAAA